AUGAAAAGCUCGAAGGAUUUAUUGAGAGAAAUAAAUUAUGAGUUGACGCUACCUUCAAGCAGAGGUUCCCCGCCAAGAAGAGAGCAGGAAUUUAGAAAAUCUACAAGUCAGCAAAAUAUGAUGUCAAAUUCGCAAGGAAUGAGAAAAUCAAUAAGCCCAUUCAGAAGAAACAAUGAAGUUCAGGAAGCAUCAAGGAGCGAGAUAAUUGCUGACCAACUUAUUCAAAAGAUUGCAUUGGGAAAAGAAAAAUUUUCUCAGAGCUGCAAGGGGUUAUUGAGCCAAAUUAACCAGAUUUUAGAUGAAGAUAGAAGCUAUAUUCAUGUUGAAGAAUAA